UCUUUUUUUCUGCAUUAUGUGGAUCUGUAGGGUUUACCUUCACGCCUUCAUGAUUUAUUUGCCUUCUUCAGAGUAAAUUUCAGUUUCCAUUCUAAAUUGUUGGCGUCAGCAACCUCUGCCAAGUUCCCCAUUUGCCUGUUGUGCAGGAUUUUAAUGGGUGUGAUUGAUUUCUACAAUUCAACUGCUUUGUGCUGGGUAAAAUCCAACACCAAUCUGAAGCAGCAAGUGGGGUUACCUCUAAAACCCAUUUGUUCAUUUGUGGGGAAUCAGAGGAAGUUUGUGGCAAUGGCUUCUACCAUUCCUGUGGAGCAAGUCAACAAUGGUCCUCUGCAGGUGACAGGUGACUCCUUCAUCAGAGAGCAUCUGAGGAAGUUGUCUCCUUAUCAGCCAAUUUUGCCCUUUGAGGUUUUAUCUGCUCGACUUGGACGGAAGCCUGAGGAUAUUGUCAAGUUAGAUGCUAAUGAAAAUCCUUAUGGUCCCCCUCCAGAGGUUAUGGAAGCCCUAGGAUCCAUAAAGUUCCCAUAUGUCUAUCCUGAUCCAGAGAGCCGCAGAUUGCGUGCAGCCCUUGCCGAAGAUUCUGGACUUGAAGCUGAAUAUAUUCUUGCAGGAUGUGGUGCAGAUGAGCUCAUUGAUUUGAUAAUGCGUUGUGUGCUUGAUCCUGGGGACAAGAUUGUGGACUGUCCUCCAACCUUCACAAUGUAUGAAUUUGACGCUGCAGUAAAUGGAGCACUUGUUAUCAAAGUUCCAAGGAAGCCAGACUUCAGCUUGAAUGUUGAACAGAUCGCAGAAGUUGUUAAACAAGAGAAGCCCAAAUGCAUAUUUUUGACAUCUCCAAAUAAUCCAGAUGGGAGUAUAAUUGAUGACGAUGUUCUCUUAAAAAUACUUGACCUUCCCAUAUUGGUGAUAUUGGAUGAAGCUUACAUUGAGUUUUCGGCAAUUGAAUCGAGGAUGAGUUGGGUGAAGAAACAUGAGAAUUUGAUUGUUCUUCGGACAUUUAGCAAAAGAGCUGGUUUAGCUGGACUUCGAGUAGGAUACGGAGCUUUUCCUUUGAGUAUAAUUGAGUAUCUUUGGAGAGCGAAGCAGCCAUAUAAUGUAUCUGUUGCUGCUGAAAUUUCUGCCUGUGCAGCACUGCAAAAUCCUACCUAUCUAGAGAACGUAAAAAAUGCUUUGCUAAUAGAAAGAGGGAGGCUUUAUGACCUUUUGAAGGAAGUUCCAUUCCUUCGGCCAUUUCCAAGCCAUUCUAAUUUCAUUCUUUGUGAGGUUACAUCUGGAAAGGACGCAAAAAAGCUAAAGGAGGACCUCGCACAAAUGGGUGUGAUGAUUCGUCACUACGACAAGAAAGAGCUGAAAGGGUACGUUCGUGUAACUGUUGGUAAGCCUGAACAAACAAAUGCACUUAUGAAAUGUCUCAAGAAAUUGUCGUAGGAGCAAAGUUUUAAUGAAAUAAACACUGUAACAUUUUAGAAUCACCAUUAAUGUUCUAAACACAUGGUGGAUUAAUGAUUGUGUUAAUUUAUAGCAACUUUAUAUUAUUUCAGAACUCAAUUUUCAAAA